GACUAGUGUAUUAACUGUGCCAGUUCUAAAAAUACCUCUGUAUUAAAACUAUAUUAAUUUUGUUUUAAUAGUUUUUUUUUAAGUGUACAAAGCAUAAUUACAUAAUGCCCGAAAUAGUGCAUGUGCAAGCGGGACAAUGUGGGAACCAAAUAGGUUCGAAGUUCUGGGAAGUGAUCUCCGACGAGCACGGCGUGGACGCGAAUGGAAUGUACAAUGGACAGAGUCCACUGCAGGAGGAGCGUCUCAACGUCUACUAUCAUCAGGCAUCUAGUGGUAAAUAUGUGCCCCGCGCCGUACUAGUGGACCUGGAGCCAGGGACGAUGGACUCGGUGAGAGCCAGUCCGUACGGCCAGCUGUUCAGACCGGAUAACUUUGUCUUUGGCCAGAGCGGCGCAGGCAACAACUGGGCGAAAGGACACUACACAGAGGGCGCUGAACUAGUAGAUGCUGUCAUGGACGUGAUCAGGAAGGAGAGCGAAGACUGUGACUGUUUACAAGGGUUCCAACUGACGCACUCGCUCGGCGGAGGCACAGGCUCUGGUAUGGGUACACUCCUACUCAGCAAGAUCAGAGAAGAAUUCCCUGACAGAAUCAUGGACACUUUCAGUGUGGUACCAUCUCCAAAGGUGAGCGAAGUGGUCCUGGAGCCGUACAACGCGACAUUAUCAGUCCACCAGCUCGUCGAAAACACGGACAUGACUUUCUGCAUCGACAACGAGGCUCUUUACAAUAUCUGCUUCAGAACUUUGCGCCUGAGCAGCCCCAGUUACGGAGACCUGAAUCAUUUGAUAUCACUAACUAUGUCUGGUGUGACGACCUGCCUCCGUUUCCCUGGUCAACUAAACGCUGACCUCCGCAAGCUGGCCGUCAAUAUGGUGCCUUUCCCCCGACUACACUUCUUCAUGCCAGGUUUCGCACCGUUGACUGCGAGGAAUUCGUUCGACUACCGCCCGCAGACUGUAUCAGAACUUAUGAGCCAAAUGUUCAACCCUGGUAACAUGAUGACGGCGUGCGACCCCCGCCACGGACGGUACCUCACCGUCGCUACCAUGUUCAGGGGGCACAUGUCGAUGCGAGAGGUGGACCAGCAAAUAUUAGCGAUACAAAACAAAAAUUCGAGUUACUUCGUGGAGUGGAUCCCCCACAACCUGAAGGUGUCCGUGUGCGACGUGCCGCCGCGAGGGCUCAAGAUGUCGGCGACGUUCAUUGGCAACACGACCGCUAUACAGGAGAUCUUUAAACGCAUAUCCGAACAGUUCACCGCUAUGUACAGGCGACGGGCCUUCCUCCACUGGUACACGGGCGAGGGUAUGGACGAGAUGGAGUUCACAGAAGCGGCCAGCAACAUGAGCGACCUCAUAUCUGAGUAUCAACAGUAUCAGGAGGCCGACGUUGAUGAUGACGUCGACUUCAAUGAAGAAGAUGAGGCCGACAACGAGGCGCAGUAUCAAGAGGAAGACAAGGAAGCGGUCCGCGUGGUCGACUAGUUACGAAUAUUUAAAAAUAUAUAAUUACAUUUAAGUUAAAUUAAUUGGCAGCUUUUUAUUUAAAUUAUAAAUUGUUAUUUUAAUUGUGAAUCAUGACUUUUGAAUAAACGUUGUUAAUUUGUUUUUUAAUCA